UUGUUUUCUGCUCGCGAGCUGAGCUCCGCGCUGGGACCGACAAUGCGCACUCCCGGCAUCAUCAUCUUCGGCCUGGUGCUGUCUCCGUGCGGCUGGAUCCUGGACCUGACCAGUACGGUGGCGCCCAACUGGCGCACGCUGACCGGCCUGUCCGGCCAGUCGAGCGACACGGUGCUCAACCAGGGCAUCUGGGACAUCUGCAAGAGCUUCACCACGUCCAGCUCGGUUACGUGCAACCUGCGCAGCACGGACCAGACCUACUUCAACAACCAGAUCAUCCCGGUGGCGCAGGGCAUGAUGGUGGCCUCGCUGGUCGUGACCCUCAUCGGGCUCGCGGUGGUCACUCCUGGAGCGCGCUGCUGGCGGAACCGACCCCCGCGCUGGGCGCUCACGUCCUUCGGGGGCGUGCUGAUCUUCUGCUCGGGCGUGCUGACAAUCAUCCCCAUUGCGUGGUACACGCACGUGCUGCCCUCGCUCAACACCACCACGACCUUCUCGAACCCCAACAGCCCAGGGAUCACGGUGGGCUACUGCAUCGUGCUGGGCUACAUCGGGGGCAUCAUGGAGGUGCUGGCCGGCGCCGUGCUCUUCGUGGGCGUUUGCAGGUGCUGCGGUGGGAAGAACCGCGGAGAAAAGCCCGUAGCAAACACCGGCCCGACCAGGUACACCGCCAGGCCCAGACCCGAGCCCUACCCGCGUACCAACGCCCCGAGCACCACGAGCAGCGCCUCAACUCCAGCUUACUCCAGAGACCCGCUGGACGACGAACUUGACUUCCCCAGAGCUAAGAGCCAGUCCAGAGGAACCGUGAACCCGUCAUACAACGGUAAACCCUACGACGCAGAUCUGUGAAACACGGUGUUUGUGUGGUGCAGAGGUGGGUAGGGGUAGCGAGAGCCUACCCAAGCAGCAGCUAAAGUGAAAUAAUGACUCAGGACAGAAUGAAGUGAAACCACCCCAAAAGCUAUUAAAGGGUAAAAGAGGUAACUGUAUGAAAACUCCUACAGAGAGAAGAGUGAGACUGUAAGAAACGACCAGAUUAACAUAGUGCUGCAUAAUCCCUUUAUAAUCUAUAAUACUGACGUAGUAUUAACUACAGUGAUUGUCUAUUAUAAAUCGUUUAUAGGUCGUUAAACUGUCUAAGUACUGUAAGUUAUGGAAAUCCUGCAGUAUUACUAAAGAUCUUUUUCAUAAGGGAAUGUAAGCUGUAGAAAAAGUAGAUUCCUCACAAACAUACUGUACUUAUGCUAUCAAAAGCCAAAAUAUUAAAAGGUAACACUUUUAUAACACUUACUUCCCUAAGAUGAACAAUGCUUCAGAGACAGAUGCAGAAAUAAAACUCAAGGCCAGCGGUGCCCAAACUUUUUGUCUGAAUGGGGCAAAGUGUUUGUGGUGGACCAAGAGCCAAAAACACUGAUAAAAUAAAUAGCAUAGAAAUAAAGAAAGUGUGUUUUAAAUCAGGUUUUAAAAAGUAUUUAUAAAAUUACACUAUAUUUUGUUAUACAUACUUAAAUACAAAAAUACAAAAUAUGAAUAUCAUCACUGUCCAAAGAAAAGCAAGUAUCUCCAAAAUGGUAACUUUACAGGAGAGGGCUUAACUUUUCAUGUAAUUUACUGUAAAGAGAUUUUAUUCUAAGUGAUUUUGGUAACCCUUUGCUGGGCCACCCUGCUUUAGGCUUUAUGAAGGCGAUAUAACAGUAAUAUUUCUAUCCGUUUAUCUACCCAAGCACACAGGUUGAGAAUUACACACUCCCACCUUUACGUUCUUCUUCUGUAAGAAUACUUUGAGUAAGUGUUGUUCCAUCAAUCAAAUAGUGUCUCAGUUUGAAGUAGGUAUUGAGCUCCAUAUAGAACUGCAUGUUAGGUGUUGUCCUUCUCUUUUUGGUCUUAAAUAAAGAGCUACAGCUCCAAAGAAAGAGGUGUGAACUAACCGAAACAAAUGAAACGGAACCUAAAAAAUGUGACGGAUUAAAAUCAGGUAGAAAUACUUGAUUAGAGAAGUUAUUGCCUGGAAAAGGAAAGUACAGAUUGUACUAAGUGGUCCAUGCAAAUAAGUGAAUGGAAUUAGUUACUACCCACCUCUGUCUUCCUAAACAUCACCGUUGAACUUCCUCUGAACUUUUAAACCCUUCAUCUGAAGGUUUCUUAAAGAUCUUUUAAACUAAAUGACUGUUUACAGCUGCUUGAGCCACAGCACUCCUCCUGCACUGACUGUCUAAUGAAGAGAUUGCAGCAGUGGCCUGCAUGAAGGAUUGAGAUUCAUGCUUUGAAAGAACAUCUGAUUCCAACCAUAGUGUAGUCUGUGCAUAAGAGAACCUGUACUAUCUAAUCAGAUUGAAGUAAUUUAUUUUACUGUUACCAAAUAGUUUGAUAACCUUCCCUUUACAUCAUACAACAUGGCAUAAUAACACAGAUAACAUAACACUGCUGUUCAAAAAAGAAACAUCUCAAAAAAUAGAACAAGAAGGCAAAAAUGUUCUUAAAUUUUAAAAUGAAUGUGAAGUGACUUUAUUCCUUGUGAUUUUGGAGCACAUCUAUCAGUCCAUUCAUGAUGAAAUUGUCAUAUAAGAUAAUGGACAGCUGGUGUGUUCAAAUGAUAUAGAAAAGUAAAAACAAAUGGAUAAAUAGAGAUACAUUUUUUUGGAACAGCAUUGAUAUAAUGGUCUCUUGAUCAGGGAAAGAAUAAUUAUACUGUAUAUAUGUAUCUAUAUCAUUUGCGUUUAACUGAGAAGGAACAUCUGGCAGAGUUAGCUAUAACUGACUCUCAGAGCAAUUACAUUGGUUUUAAUAAAAAAGGGCAGGAUGCAUCUGUAAUGUUUAGUGUAAGGGCUAUGGUCAAAUAUCGGUCACAUGAUGUUUAACUCUGUCGACUUUAACAAUCCUAUGAUGCUUGAAGCUUUGACUUUGUAAAUAUAUGUUUUAAAUAUUGAAUUUGAGCCUUGUGGACAAACCUAUCACUCAGGUAUAUUCAUACAUGAUGGUGUAAAUAAAUAUUCAUCUUUAUGAAAACA